CUAUCGUUACGAAAUAAACACGUUUCGCAAUUACCGUAGGACUCGUGGAGCGGUAAACACUAGAUCACUAGCAUCACUAGAUAGGGAAAUAGAUUGUGGUCGUCACCAGUCGUCAGUCUCGUCCGUAUUACAGAACAGAUAAAAUUCGAUACAUUACUAUCGAUAAUUUUCAAAAUAAUCGCCAGGUGAUUUGAUGGCCAUGGUGGAAAUCCGUAAUAAUCCCUUGAGUAUGUGAAGAAUUGUACGGGACCCGUCAAAAGCUGAUAAAUAUUUUGAAUAAACUUUUGAGUCACACUACCAAGUAGUGGGGCUCUUGGGCGAUCGAACAUGUUUGUAUCCGACACCGAUAUAUUCAGCAACUCUCUGGUGAAACUGAGUGUUAUAAGUGCAGAAGGUGGUGUGUGGAAUAUUGAUGCUGCGCCGGAUAUAACGGUGGAAAAAUUGAAAAUAAUGGCUCUUUGCCAUUUUUACAGUCCCUUAGAGUAUGUCAAAGUGACGUCAAACCACAAACUUGUUUUGGUGUCGGAGAAAAGACCACUGGAUAAUAACAACUCCGUUUUGCAGGAAGGAUUGAGAAACAAUGAUGAACUACUGCUGGUGGAGUGUCGGCAGCCACCCUCUGAAGAGCAUUUCACAGAAGAUAAUGUGAGAGGCCCCACUGCUAAUGAAAUCAGAGUUGCGACCAAGGAUGUAGAGGAGAGAAAACCACUGAAGCUGCUUCCUCAGGAAUUUACUGCGGAUUUUCAGAGUGAAAUUCGGAAGAUCCUGAUCUCCCUAGUAGAAGCUUCUGCACGUAUCAUUGGACCGAGUCCGAAUGCUGAUGAAGUGUUUGAAGUUAUUCAGGAAAGACUGGAUGCAAAAGCUAAGACUCAGCCACAUUCCAGGGCAGUCAGUCCGUUCAUGGAUAUGGGUUUUUCUGAGCAUGUUGCUUCCAGAGCUCUCCGUCUUAAUAGAAUGAAUCCCAAUAAGGCACUAGAGUGGCUCCUUGAAAAUGGUGCGGAGAAGGAACCAGAAGAAGACGCUGUGGACCACAAAGAUGAAGUGUCAUCUGGAGCAGCUGACCUACAAUGGCAGCAAGAACCUGCAUGUAAGAUGAGUACCUCAUCCCAGAGCGAAGUCAAGAAGUCACAGUCAGUAACCACAUUGCUAGAAUCAUUCCGGGAAUUUAAGCGACGAGACUUUCAGCCCAAUGUGAAAGCAUUGCAAAAUCUAAUGGAUAUGGGGUUCCCGGAGGAGGAUGUUUGUGAUGCACUCUGUGUCACAGGAAACAACCAGUCUGCUGCAUGUGAGUGGUUGCUUGGAGAGCGUCGUAAAAGCCUGGAAGGUCUGGACAUUGGUUUGGACCCAGAGGGAUCCAUAUAUAAAGCCAUAAUGUCAAAUCCAGUAAUACAACUCAGCCUCACCAGUCCAAAGAUGCUUCUAGCUUUCCUGUCCUUGCUGGAGAAUCCUAGCAGUGCCAACAUAUGGAUGAAUGACCCAGAUGCAUCACCUGUGCUAACCCAGAUCUUCAAGAUUUACCAAGCAGAGAAGCAUGCUCUUCAGACGAACCAUGAUAUGGAGCAGCAACAAUUACAGUCCACAGGAAGAUUAUGAAGCCGGCCUUUGCCAGUCACACUCCGAGGUCUAAACUGAUUUUGUGCAGCUGUUUUACUUGAAGAGGCUGAUGAUUGAAGUCAUAUUUAUUUUUCAUGAUUAAAUACCAGACAUCUACAUAGGGGCAGAAAACUAAAUGUGGAAUUCUAGUAAUUAAGCAUUACAUUUACCUGUAUAUUGUUAACAAUGAUGAUAAAGGUUCUCUUCUAUCUAUAUACACCAAGAUCUUGUUUUGUAAAAGAGAUGUAUCCCUUCAGAGUCCAUUAAACAAAGAUUAAUCAUUGAUCAAAUUAAGGACAGUAACACUGCACAACAAAAUUAAUAAUGUUUGCCUGUCUUUUAAAGUAAAGUGGGAGAUUCAAGUAAAACUGAAUGUGCUCAAUCUCGGUCUGAGUUUGAAAAUUUUAUCACCCACCAUUUGCAAGGGAAUGGCUCAGAACUUGACAUACAACAUAAGAUAUGUGGCUGGAUAUAACAUGACGAUCUUUUAGCCAAUGACUGCAUGGCAUGACAGCCUCCUCAGUAGUGGCUAAGUGAUAUUUGGCUUCAUAUUGACCAGUAGCAGGAGUUUGUGAGAUGUUACAUAUUUUCACAAAAUCAUGAAUGUUAAUAUUUUCAUAAUCUGUACAUAAAAAUAUACUGGAAUUGUCAAAUUUUUCUGCAAAGAGAAAAUAAAUGUUGUAUAAUAUAACUGGAAAUAUAUUAUGUAUGUCUAAAUGAGCAUUCACACCCCCAUUUUUAAAUGUGGAAUUUUAAGAAAUAAAUUAAUAUUUUAUAUAUGAAGGACUACAAAAGGUGAGUUGUGUUACUAGAUCCAGACAUCUGGACACCAGCACCAACACAAGGAGGUAGGGACUAGCUCUAUCAAUUGGGCCCAAAUGAGUAGGUUCCAGC